GAUCUGAGCUCUCCGUUUUUGUUCUGCAAUACUGAGCAUCUAAGUCCGCACCAAGACAUCACCACGAGCACUGGAACACGACCGAAGCAUUCCCCGCACGUCUCCUCCAGCGAAAGCAACCAUCUGCCUGCGGCCAUGGCGGCGUCCGUCCUGCUGCUGGCCUCGGCCGCGCUUCUGGCGCUCGCGGCCUCGUGGCUGUGGGGCUACGCCGUGGCGCGCCUCGCGUGGCGGCCCCGCGCCGUGGUCCAGAGCUUCAGGGCGCAAGGGGUCCGGGGACCUCCAUACAGGUUCCUCACGGGCUGCAACCACGACAUCAGGAGGAUGAAGGCCGAGGCUGACGGCGUGGCGCAGGACGUCCGCGACCACAACUACCUUCCCAGGAUCCUGCCGCACUUCGUCAGGUGGAAGGAUCAGUACGGAGGGACUUUUUUAUAUUGGUUUGGUCCACAAUCUCGGAUCUGCAUCACCGAUUACGAGUCGGUAAGGCAGGUUCUUUCAAACAAGUCCGGGCAUUUCGUGAAGACCGAUGCGCACCCGACUAUUCUGGCAAUGCUCGGCAAAGGGCUGGUCUUGGUGGAAGGCACAGACUGGGUGCGGCAUCGAAGAGUGGUCAGUCCAGCUUUUGCCAUGGACAAGCUAAAGAUGAUGACAACAACAAUGGUCAGCUGUGCUGAAUGCUUGAUGAAGGAGUGGGAACAUCAGGCAUCGAAUAGCAAGAGCAGAGAAAUAGAGGUGGAGUUCAGCAAACAAUUUCAGGAGUUGACAGCGGAUGUUAUAUCCCGUACCGCUUUCGGAAGUAGUUGUAAAGAGGGAAAAGAAGUCUUCCAAGCACAGAAGCAGCUCCAGGCCAUUGCCAUGGCAACUCUCCUCAAUGUGCAACUACCAGGGUUCAAAUAUCUUCCAACUAAAAGAAAUAGAUGCAAGUGGAUGCUAGAAAAGAAGCUUAAGACGACACUCAUGGAAAUCAUACAGCCCCGCUUAGCAUUGAAGGGAAGUGGAUAUGGAGAUGAUCUGCUCGGUGCGAUGCUUGAGGCUUGCUUCACAACAGAACAUGGAGAGAAACGAGAUGAGCUGAUCCUAACCAUGGAUGAGAUCAUAGAUGAAUGCAAGACAUUCUUCUUUGCAGGGCAUGAGACCACAUCCCAUUUGCUUACCUGGACAAUGUUCUUGCUCAGUGUCUAUCCAGAAUGGCAGGAGCGGCUAAGAGAGGAGGUUCUGAGAGAAUGUGGAAAGGAAAAUCCCAGUGCAGACAUGCUUAGCAGAUUGAAAGAGAUGACAAUGGUGCUACUGGAGACACUGAGGCUCUAUGGUCCUGUCAUUUUCAUGCUAAGAAAGCCUACCUCGGAUAUGAGAUUGGGAAGCCUCAAGAUACCUAGAGGCAACGGAAUUAUGAUCCCUAUUCCAAUGCUGCACCGGGACAAGGAGGUCUGGGGUGACAAUGCCAAUGAGUUCGAUCCGUUCAGAUUUGAGAAUGGGGUUACAAAAGCUGCAAAGGUCCCACAUGCUCUUCUAGCAUUCUCAAUAGGGCCAAGAUCAUGCAUCGGUCAGAACUUCGCGAUGUUAGAAGGGAAGUCGGUAAUGGCCAUGAUCCUGCAGAAAUUCUCCUUCACGCUUUCCCCAAAGUAUGUGCAUGCACCAGCAGAUCUCCUAACUCUUCAACCUAAGUUCGGUCUUCCCAUAGUUUUGAGGCCACUGGAUGUAUGAUGUUAGAUGGUUUUAUGUGUAGCCACUACUAGCAGAAUUUAUAAUGUGUAAAUACGAAUGUGAUUGCUCGUGUUUCAGGACCUUGAGUUCCAUCCACCAAACAGUACACUUAAAAAGCCUAAAGUUUGUUGAAAAAGGUGGCUAGCUACAUUGUUCAGGGUUGCUUUCCAGAUAGUCUCAAUAAAAUUGAAGAGCUCAUAACAUGCUAUCGGAGCAACUUCUUGGA